AUGACUAUUCCUUAUUUUUUAUUUCAUCUCUCUUCGUUAAUUAUUCUUUUUCUAUUCUUUUUUUUAUAUUCAUUCUUAUUCUUUUAUUCUCCUUUUCUUUAUUUCCUUUCAUAUUUUUUAUAUGACUAUUCCAUUCUUUUCUUGUUCAUUCUCUUUUUUAAUAUUUUUCCUUCUCUUUCCUUUAUAUUCAUUCUUAUUCUUUUAUUCUUUUUCUCUUCAUUCCUUUCAUAUUUAUAUAUUUAUUCCAUAAUUCUUGUUCAUCUCUUCGUUUCUUUCCUAUUCCUUCUCUUUCCUUUUUAUUCAUUCUUAUUCUUUUAUUCUCCUUUCUCUUCAUUUUUUCAUAUUUCUCAUUACUUUAUUUUCCCUUUUCCUCAUUCGUUUAUAUAUAUUUUUUUAUUCUUUUGUUCUACCUCAUUCCUUUAUUUUUAUCCUUACUUUUUCCCUUUAUUCUCGUUAUUUUUCAUUUCUUUAUUCUCAUUCUUUUGUAUUUCUUUUUCUCUUUCAUUCUCAUUCCUUCAAUUUAGUUCUUCAUUCUUUUAUUCUCCUUCUUCACCAAUCGUUUAUUUUCAUUCAAUUUCAUUCCUUAAUUCUUACUCAUUACUUUAUUUUCAUUCUUCCUCAUUCUUUCUUUCCCCAUUGCUUCAUUCUCUUUCUUCCUCAUUUGUUUAUAUUCUUUCUUCCUCAUUCCUUUAUAUUCAUUCUACCUUUUUUUCUUCUUUUUAA